UGUGGGUGCCCUGGGUUUUAAGGGGAGAAACUCUGGCCCGAGGGUCACUCGGGACGUCGGGGACUGGCAGCGAUGCACCCCCUGGCACUGCUCGUGGGCAUCGUGGCCCUGAGCCACGGGGCUCUUGCAGGAAAAGUGUGUCCCAGGCCUCCAGAAGUGCUGUUUGCCACAAUUAACGUGGACAAACAGGUGUAUGAAGUGGGUGAGGAGGUGGAAUACACCUGCAGGCCUGGGUUCAUGCCCAACAAUGGCCAGAGGAAGUACACCUGCCUCCCGACCGGCAAGUGGGCCUUCAACACCCUGCUGUGCCUCCCAAAGAGAUGCACCCCUCCUGGACCCUUGGAGAAUGGAAAAAUUGAUUUUGUAGAACUCCAGUAUCAGAGUAGUAUAAAUUUUUCAUGUGAACCAGGCUACAACCUCGUUGGGUCAAGAACAAGCCAGUGCAUGUCAGAUGGAAAGUGGACUGGAGUUUUUCCACAGUGUCAACCGGUGACUUGUCCACCUCCCCCCAUCCCGGAAUUUGGAGUCCUUUCCUACCGUCGCUCAAAACCUGGAAACGUUUCUCAUUUCCUGGACACGAUCACCUUUGAGUGUGUCCCUCCUAUGGCACUUUUUGGGAAUGAGACAGCCACCUGCACGGCCAACGGGACCUGGAGCAGCAUUCCAGAGUGCAAGGUUGUCACCUGCCCCACUCCAAUAGGGAUAGAAAAUGGAUUCAUAGAGUUUGCUGUCCGCAGGAUGUACCACUACAAUGAGAGUGUCAGCUUUGGCUGCCAGCCCACCUAUGUGAUGGAGGGAUCCAAGCAUUCCCGCUGUGAAAAGUCUGGAAACUGGUCCACAAAACCAAUUUGUAGAGCACCAUGUAAGAUACCAGUUAAGAAAGCUGUGGUGUUAUACAAUGGGGAGAAGAAGAGAGUUCAGAACGACCUCAAGGAGGGCAUCCUGCACGGGGAAACUGUGUCCUUCUUCUGCAAGAACAAGGAAAAAUCCUGUGCCUACACUGUGGACGUGGCGUGUGUGGAUGGCAACUUCACCCUCCCUGCCUGUUUCAAAGAACGUGGCUUUUUUUCAACUCUCGUGAAGAAGGACCCAUCAGAAAUGAAACCAUGUGAAGAUGAAGCAUGAAUGAGAGGAAAUAAUACAGUCCUAAAUUUCUGCCUUGCUGAGACAGAGCCUUUCACAUAUGAGAGGAAAAGUGUAAACUUCCAGGUGAACUCCAGACUCUGGGAAUGCAGCCUCAGCCUUUUCCCUCCCACAAUCCCCACCAGCCUCUUCCACAAGCUAUGACACAUUAUUUCAGCCAUUAACCUCCAUUCUCUUUUCUCUUCCUUCUUCCAAAUCCCUGCAAUGCUGCUUCUCUUCAGUAUUUCCAAAAUUUAUGCAACUGUAAAUGACUCCCUCAAUAGCAGUCGCUUUACAAUAAAGUGAUUUUCAGCCAC